AUGGCGUGCGCUGGGCUGCUCACCGUGUGCCUGCUCCGGCCGCCCGCGCCUGAGCGCCCGCGGCCCCCCGCACCGGCGCCCGCGCCCGCGCCCGACGCCCGGCCCGCCGGACACGCGCUGUUCCAGGACGUUUUCCGAAGAGCAGACAAGAAUGAUGACGGUAAGCUGUCAUUUGAGGAAUUCCAGAAUUACUUUGCUGAUGGGGUUCUCAGCCCAGGGGAGCUGCGGGAACUGUUCAGUGGCAUCGACGGGCAUCCCAUCGACAACUUGGAAACAGAGAAACUGUGUGACUACUUCUCAGAACACCUGGGCGUCUACCGGCCCGUGCUGGCUGCGCUGGAGUCGCUGAACCAUGCAGUGCUCACGGCCAUGGACACCACCAAACUGGAGUAUGAACGGGCCUCCAAGGUGGACCAGUUUGUGACGCGCUUCCUGCUGCGGGAGACGGUGAGCCAGCUGCAAGCCCUGCAGAGCUCACUGGAGGGGGCGUCAGAUACCCUGGAGGCCCAGGCCCGUGGCCUGAGGGGGGAUGAAGAGAGUGUGGAGGUGCACAGCAGGCCAUGUGGCAGCCGGCGGGCAGGGCGCAGGGCCGCAAGGAGCAUCAGCAGGUCACCCACCUGGUCCAGUUCCUAUGACACAGGGCGGAGCUCAGAGGCCGAGAUGCAGUGGCGGCUCCAGGUUAACCGUCUCCAGGAGCUCAUCGACCAGCUCGAGUGCAAGGCCCCUCGGCUGGAGCCAUUGCAUGAAGAGGAGCUGGCCAAGGGGCCUGACUCGCACAUCCUUGUGGCCCAGAGGCAGGUCCAGGUGGCAGAGGAAGCCCUGCAGGACUUCCACCGCGCGCUGUGCUGCUAUGUGGACUUCACGGGGGCCCAGAGCCAGUGCCUACAUGUGUCUGCUCAGAAGACGCUGGACAAUGGCUGCUUCACUGUGUAUGAGUUCUGGCGGGAUGAGGCCUCCUGGAGAAGGCACCAGCAGUCAGCCUGCAGUAAGGCCUUCCAGCGCAUCCUCAUUGAUCACCUGCAGGCUCCGGACACCCUCACCACUGUGUUCUUCCCAGCCUCUUGGUGGAUUAUGAAUAAUAACUGAGCCUGACCUACUCAAACCAAGGACCCCACGCCCUGCCUGCCUCCUUCCAGAGCUUUCUGGACUGGCCAGCUCAGCAGUGAGGCCUGAGAGACAAGACCAAGGACUCUGCCUCCCCUUCAAGCCGCUGGUGAAGGGUUGCUCAGCACGGGGAUCAGGGACUGGGCCACUGGCUUUCUGUGUAUUUAUCAGUGUGUUUUAUCGUUUGUAGCUUUGGCCUCUGAAGCGUUCUGGCCUCUGCCUGGACCCAGGAGGCCGAGGCGCUGCCCCUGUCUUGUUGUGUGACCCAGGGCAGGUCCCUUCUCUCUCUGGGCCUCAAUCCAUCUGGCUGCUUUCUUCCUGAUGUCUUGGGGCCAGGCUUCUGCUCCUCCCCAGCCAGUGGCAGAACCAGGGCUGAUACUCAGGGACCUCCCCACCCCAAACCCGACCCUUGAGGCAGGGCUGGACCAGGCUGCAGUAUGAGGUGUAAGGACCUGGGGGUUCCCAUUAUCCUCCCAGGCCAGCAGCUCCAGGGUCUUCCAGCACCAUGGCUGGACCAGAGACCUCUAGAGCCUCCUGGGUUGAUUUGCAUGUCAUUUGCAUAUAAUUUGCAUGCCAGCACCCCUACCCACACUCAGGACACUGUAGGAAGCCCCAGAGUGACCUUGCCAAGUAGCAAUAAUUGGGGCUCAGAGUCGCCUGCUGCCCGAGACCUCUGAGCCCCAGCCUGGGACCCCAGCGCAGAGGCAAUAAAGGCGGUGGUCACCUCUGGUGUCUCCUCCUCUCUCUCCCUCCGCAGGAAGGCAGGCUGUGGGGCCCAGAAUAUAUCUCAGGCCAGAAACUAAGGGCAGGAAACCUUUCUUUAGAGUUUCUGUCAAUCAACCAGUUUCUCUUGAGCUCCCCUACUGGCAGAAAGCAGCAACUUAACGCCAGCGGAUCCCGUUUUCCCCACUUCAGGGUCCCACUGUAGCCCCACAAACCCUGGCUUUGGGGUCUUGCCUGGGAAAGGGGAGCGAACAUCGUCUCUCAACGCCCCCAGAUCUGCGGGGGGUUCUGUCUCCACUGCCCGCACACAGUGUAAUAUGGAGGGGCAGAGCCCUGAGCCCUUUCUCCAUGGGCCUGGCCUGGGAGGUCGGGCCUUCUACCCCAGGCAGCAAGCCUGGAUUCCUGUGAGAAGGCCUGUCCCCCCUACACAACCUGCCCCCUCCUCCCACCUUGCCCCCAACACGUGCUGGCCCUUCCAGGCUGAGCUUGUCACUGCCACCUGAUAGAGAGUGCUUCUGGGAGAAUAAUGGCCACGUGGUAUUGCCAGUCAACUGUGAUGGGGAGAAGGAGCCCUGGUGGCUCAGUGAUUAAGCUCUGGGUUGAUAACCGAAAGGUUGGUAGUUCGAAUCCACUAGCUGCUCUGCGGGAGAAAGAUGUGGCAGUCUGCUUCCAUAAAGAUUUACAGCCUUGGAAACCCUAUGGGGCAGUUCUGCUCUGUCCUAUAGGGUCACCAGGAGUUGGAAACAACUCCGUGGCAAUGGGUUUUACGGGUGGUGGGGAGGGGCUGGGGGACCGAGGAGAGGUGACCAACAGGGAUGUGGGCCCUAAAGGGAGAGGCAUGGGGCCCCACAGAGCACAGGAUGGCAUUUGGCCUGGCCUGGGGGUGGUGGGGGACAGUAGUAUUUCAGGCAGAGCAGACAAGUGUACGGGCUCUGAGGGGGAGGAGAGCCUGCCUGUGUGGAGUAGAGGAAGCCCGGCAGGGCUGAGGCUGGGGCGAAGGAAGCCAGGCUGAGAUGAAGUUGGGGAGGUUGCCGUGCCUCAAAGGUGCUUCGUCCUGAGGAAGCCAUGGUAGGUUUUAAGCCAGGGGUGACUGGACAGUGGGCUGGGUGUGCCAUUUCACAUAUGUUCCUGGAUGCCCUGGUGAUGUCAGGCCCUUGCUGGGUACUCGGGGCUUGGCCAGGAAGGCAGCUCAGAUGGCAGCAGCUCAGGGUGGAUGUCCCGGUGCCCUGCCCCACCUCCCCGCAGGUGGCAGACUGUCAAGCAGAGGUGCUGCCAUCCCAGGUAUGACUCUCCUGGCAGUUCCUGGGAAGUGCUGCUGGCAUCCCGAGUGGCUUAAGGCAGUUUGUUCCCCUGGCUCCGGUUUCAGUGUCUCAGCCGAUCUGGGAUUAAAUAAUCCUUUCUUUCUGUCCUCUGUUCUGAUUCCUUCUGUUGUCCUCCACAAAAACGAUGGCAGCAGCAAACCCUGAAAACUAAGCUUCCCGUCAUCUUUGAGUGAAGGUGCUGAAACCCUCCAGCUGAAACCGCUGGAGUGAGGCCUCCAUAAAUUUUGCACCCCAGCUGCCUCGCCUACCUCACCUUGUAAUGGAUAUCUGAAAACACUUGAAAAAAAAUAUGACAGGCUGGGUCCCCUCCUGCCCUUGCUGAAUGCUUAGGUGUGCUGGGAGGGCACUGUGGUGGGGGAGGGAGUGGUCAGUCUUGCGGGGCUGGGGCAGGCCUCUUGGAGGAGGUAGUAUUUGGUUUGAGCUGAGAAAGAUGAGUAGGGGUCUCCAGGCAGAUACGAGGGCCCAUGGGCAGAGUGCCACAGACAAAGGGGGCAAAAAGGUGGAACCAUAGGGAGGGGGUGA